CACACAUCACGUUAGAGAGCUGCGCUGCUUUGCCGGAGCUGGAAACACGGACGCUUUUAUCCUGAUUAAUAACGGCCGGACGAGAGAGCGACAGACAGUCCGACAGCACCUCACAGCCGGCAUUUAAGCAAAAAGUCAAGGGCAAUCUAUUAUCUAUUGAUAAAAGGACUGAACGCCGGUUGACUGUUUAUUUAGAAGUGCUGUCCAGCAGAAACGAAUCUCCUUCCUGGAAAAAGCACAGCACCGCAAUGCGAAUGUCGAGCGAAGACACGCUUAAACCAGCACAACUGCAUUUAACAUGGGCGGAAAUAGAGGAAUUAGCCGCUACAGACAGCUGAAUCGUGAGAAAUGUUCUCUGUUCCCUUUUCUGAGGUAAAACGCCGCUGUGAGACUGCAUGAAACGGCUGUUUUCGAGAUCAUCAACUAAUCGGCAGCAGUGCAUCUUCAUAUGAGACAGCAUGCGAUAAUCUGGCCGAUGAAUUAUGCACGGCGUUGCAUGAAUAAUACACUGAGGGGUGACGCUCGUUUUCAGAGACCGGUCGGUGCCCGAUGGUGUCCCACAUGACCUACUUUCAAAAGCUUUAAUGCAGGAGAGAUGCAGCCGCAGUGAGAAGCAAAAGAGACCUUCCGCACUGAAAAACGCUCAGUUUGCUCAUGUGUGACCGAAGUCGUGUGGACCUCAGGUGACAUGAACCUCACGGUGUAGCCUAUCGAGAAGGAUCCUCUGCGAUUGCUUAUUUAUUUAUUUAUUUAUUUAUUUAUUUUUAAAUAAUCGUAAUUGUUUUAAGACGAAUCUACCAUGCCGAUAACUCUAAAGACUUGAGCUAACGGAAAAAAGAGACCCUGGAGCCAUUGACCUUUGCACUUGCAACAGCAGGAUUAUUUAUUUCAGAUAAAACCACAGUCAUUUCAGCACAUGUUGUUGGGAUUUGUAUUGAGCCAUGGGAUUUGCCUUUGCCAGCUGAAAUCUGCACAUGAACUCCAUAAAAGCUUCUAAAGGAUUAUUAAAAUGACCGUUAUGUCUCUGUGAUGCCAUAGAGUUUGAUAGUCUAGCCUUCUCUAAGCAAUACUACGACAUAACGACUACCUACAACAUCGUAGUGCUAGCUAUACAUGUUAUCAGUUCAAUUAAUCUAAUUCAACAAUGAUUCUAAACUCAGGAGAUAUUUUUAUUGCUAAUCAGUGAAUUUAUCUUUCGGUCCAGUCAUGUGGUCACUUCCAUUACUACGUUACACUGACGUUCCACCAAGAGUGACUGAGAACUUCAUUCUGUCUGGUUAUCGUUUUCCCAAUUACAGUCUACGGCAGUGCCUAGUCUCUGCAUUUCGUCCCACCAAUGAGACCGGAAACUUCUGGACACACUUCCUCCCCAUCUUCGUGUUCACCUUUCACUUUCUGGAGGUUUUCACGUGGGAAGGAGCGCCUGAACCUAGCAAUCCUUUUUUCUACCCUUUCUGGAACUACUUCUUGGGGGUGUUGUACCUGCUGCUAGGCAGCAGUCUGGCUCAUCUCCUCAACUCCAUGUCACUCAUCAUUCGUGAAAUCUGUUUCUUUGUGGACUAUGGGACUAUUAGUGCGUAUACGGUGGGUUCCUCACUGGCGUAUUUCUACUAUAUCCAUCCUCAAGCAGGAAUACCAGAGAUUGGAUUUGAGGGAAAGAACUCUACUCGAAGGAAGAGCUUGAACGCUGAUGUAGAGUCUUGGCCCUCUGCAUCUUCUCCUACUCAGGUCCAACUGUUCUUUGAAAGCCUCUACAUCCCAUCCUCCUGUCUGAUCGCUAUCAUAUGCGUCAUCACCUGCUGUAACACCAGACAGUGCUGGCGGAAGUACCGCUAUGCUGUCCGCACCCUUGUCUUCCUCCUUCCGUUUUUCAUCUCCUCCGCUCCUGUCUUCUACCGUCUCCUGAGUCCCUCCGCGAGCUCUCCGUCAUCCUCCUCCCCUCAUCUGUUCUCCACCUUGGCUACCUUCUUCUACCGCCAUUGCUUUUGGCUGGUGGUAUCUGCCAUCUUCAAUAUCAGUAAGAUCCCAGAACGUUUUUCUCCAGGAAAUUUUGAUAUUUGGGGUCACAGCCAUCAGUGGUUCCAUUGCUGCACGUUCCUGUCGAUCCUGGAUGAGCUGCAAAUGAUCAAAGUGGAGAUGUGGGCCCUGCUUCUCAAUCCAACUUUGGUACUAACAUCUGUAACGCCACCUAGGCUUCCUGGACCAACACUCUGGUCCACCUAUGGGGUCAUGGUGCUCCUGCAGGGGUGCAUAGCGUGCAUCAUAGCCUGGUUUGGUUGGCAGGCAUAUCAGAUCUACGGACCAGAGCAAAAAAAGCUAAAGGGACAAUAGGAGGCACUGACUGCUGGUCAGGUUUAAAAUUCUUGUUUUGGAUUUUACUUUGUGAACAAUGUUUGAAUGAUUUCUGCAGUAUCACUUUAAAAAGGAUCGGCCACCCAAAAAUGAUAAUUGUCAUUAUUUACUGACCC